AUGUCCGACAUUAUUAACUCCCCUACUUCGAUUCAUCCUGCUCUUACUAAGCCCAAUGAACCCCCAAAACUACCACAGACCGUAUUUGAUGAAGCUGUUACACCUUCAGUAACGGCACAAUCCUUUUCGGGACUCAAUGGCUUGUUUUCGAAACUUAACCCUGGGGAUAAUCUCCGACGCGAGCAGAAUGUACAGUUUGGUUCUUUAAACGCAAUCGAGACCAACUUCCCAGAUAAUGAUCUAUCCGAGUCAUCCACUGACGCAUCUACAACAUUUUCUGCUGCGACAAGUGUAGAGAGUGACUCGGUUUCUGUUCCGUCAACACUUCUAUUUCUUACUCCGGCUUUCCAGACUUCCCAGACUUCUCAUAAGCACAGCAAGAACGCUCUGUCGGUCGAUUCUAUACCCCGCCAGACGAUUAUGAAAGCAUUGGCUUCUUCGACAAGACAGCACAAUCCACAAAACCUUUCUUUAGCAGACAUGAAAUCACCACAUACUGAUAGACCAGGGACUGCCUCAUCGCAGAAACUCAAUGCGGCGCUGUCAAAUUUGGCACAACGAAACACCCCCUCGACGGCUCGAUUUCCCUCUUUACAAUCACCAUGCUUUUAUCACGAACGAUUCGACGAUGCAGUCAAUAUCGACAAAGUUCUUGAAGAAAUCAACGGAGAACAAUCAAUGUCACAUUCUCGACUCAUUGCAACAGCUACGGGUGUGCGUGAAGUUUCUAAACAAUUACAAAGACGUCCUAUCAAGAGAGCUGUACGCAAUGUUAUGAUUGUCACAAAGGCUAGAGACAAUGAGUUGGUACAUUUGACCAAGGAUUUGGCAUGUUGGCUUAUGAGCACUCCACGAUAUGGCUCGGAUCUUGGUGUUAAUGUCUAUGUUGAUGCGAAGUUGCGCAACUCGAAGCGUUUCGGAGCAGCCGCAUUGAUUGAAUCUCAACCUCGAUUCCAACAUAUGUUAAAGUAUUGGUCACCAGAUCUUUGCUGGAGUCAACCGGAGAAAUUUGAUCUUGUUCUCACCCUCGGUGGUGAUGGGACUGUCCUAUUUACUUCUUGGCUUUUUCAACGUGUCGUCCCUCCGAUUCUAUCCUUCAGUCUCGGUAGUCUCGGCUUCUUGACUGGGUUCGAAUAUGAUCGCUUCAAGGAACACCUAAACAAGAUCAUGGGAGAAGAAGGUAUGCGAGUUAAUCUUCGUAUGCGCUUCACAUGUACAAUUUAUCGGGAUGGAAAAGAAGAAGGCCAGGAUGCAGUAGAAGGCGAACAAUUUGAGGUUCUUAACGAGCUCGUUAUUGACCGAGGACCAUCUUCUUACAUCUCCAACCUUGAGUUAUAUGGCGACAACGAGCUCUUAACCGUUGUCCAAGCUGAUGGAUGUAUCUUCUCGACUCCUACUGGCUCAACCGCAUACUCAUUAUCUGCUGGUGGUUCACUUGUCCACCCAGAUAUUCCUGCCAUCCUCCUCACUCCAAUCUGCCCUCAUACUCUUUCAUUCCGUCCAAUGAUUCUCUCAGAUACUCUUUUACUUCGUGUGUCCAUUCCACGCAGCUCCAGAGCUACCGCCUAUUGUUCAUUCGACGGAAAGGGUCGUGUUGAGUUGAAACAAGGUGAUCACGUCACCAUUGCCGCCUCACAAUACCCAUUCCCAACCGUCGUCAGCUCUCCGUCAGAGUGGUUCGAUAGUGUAUCCAGAACCCUUAGAUGGAAUACUCGUGGCGCCAUGCAAAAAGCUUGGGAUGGUGGCGAAGAAAAUAAAGAACAAGAAGUUGAAUGGGAUAUUGAUACUGAUUCGGCUUGUUAUGGUAGUGAAGAAAGUAGUCUAAGCGCAAGUCCCUUGAGACGACAAAUGAGCAUGCUUGGCAUGUAA